GCCAUGUUACCCGCUGAGGAGGGGGCAUCCUGCUUCUCCCACGUCCCUCAUGUGACCGGCGGCGACUAGAAACCCGUGUUGUUGUGGACCAGUCGGAGGCGGGUGUUUUCUCCCCGUGCCAGCCUUGAUGCGAACCGGAGCUGCCGGGAGAAGGAGCGGAAAGAGCGCAGUCACCGAGCCGCCGACGAUCACACAUCACCGCACCGAGAUGGCGUGGAGAGGAGGGAGAAAGCGGUCGUCUUAUCGACCCAUCCAGUGUUCUCUGUAGAGCUGGUCCUGCGUCUGACUCGGGGACUCGGAGGGGAAGAGAAAAGGUGAUGACCUGGAUGGUGCCAUGUGAAUGACUGAAGACCAUGAAGCCCACACACAAGCUGCUGUUCGUCCUGUGCCCCAUGCUGGUCCUGGGCUUCAUUUACUACUCUUCCGGGAAGCUACAUCUACACGUGUGGGGCCAGAAACCUCAGAGUGAUGCAGAAGAGACAACCGUAGCCCUGACUAAAGGUGCUGAAGUGAAAGGAAUUCCAGAGAUGGAAACGGACAUCACCGCGGGACGAAUAGUAGGCUCAGUGUAUGAUAAGCAGGGCUUUCUUCUGCAGCUCGACACAAAACUACCACUGGAGUUGGCGUACAAGUAUGGCAACCUCAGCGAAGGAGUGUGCAAGCCAGGAUAUGCAGCAGCUAAGAUGACCACCAUCUAUCCCAAGUUCAUGAAACCAGCGCCCAUGUUUCUUGAUCGGAACUUCAAACAGCUCGGGAAAGUCAGCAAUUACUUACCUCCAUUUGGCUUCAAAACACAAGAGAGAAUAAUAGACAGCAUUUUAACAAUGACAAAGUAUUACGGGCUUGGAGAGGAGCUCGACAGUCUCAGCUGUAAAAGAUGCAUCAUCGUGGGAAAUGGUGGAAUCUUGUCCAACAAGUCUCUGGGCUCCCGGAUAGACGACUACGACGUUGUAGUGAGGUUGAACGAAGCCCCCGUAGCUGGCUACAGCAAAGACGUCGGGACCAAGACCACCUUGAGGAUCACCUACCCAGAGGGAGCCAUCCAGAAGCCCGACAACUACGAGAAGCACUCGCUCUUCGUUUUCUCGGCUUUCAAACCGCUCGACUUCAAGUGGCUCAGACAGAUGGUCUUCAAAGAGAAACUGAGGGGCACUGAGGGCUUCUGGAAGUCGGUGGCUCACCACGUUCCCCGCGAUCCAACAGAGAUGAGAAUCCUCAACCCGUACUUCAUCCAGGAGGCAGCCUUCCAGUUCAUAGGCCUGCCCUUCAACAACGGCCUCAUGGGUAAAGGGAACAUUCCAACUUUGGGAACAGUGGCAAUUACGAUGGCUCUGCAUAACUGUGACGAGGUGGCGGUGGCUGGUUUCGGCUACGAUAUGAACACUCCCCACGCGCCUCUGCACUACUACGAGACCGUCAAGAUGUCCGCCAUCAAAGAGUCGUGGACACACAACAUAUCCAAGGAGAAGGAGUUCCUCCGCAAGCUGGUGAAGGCCAACGUCAUCACAGACCUGACCAACGGUAUCUGAGUUUACAGCGAUCCACAGUCUCCCUGCGCCAUUCCCAAAGGACUACAGGACAGGAAACUGAGGAAUGGACCGACUUGAGAAGGAAGAAUCCCUCAGAGUCCGGGCGGCCCGCACACUGCCGGGGUUUUGAUAUCAAAGGAGAUUAUAAAUAAAUGAGAUAUAACACAGGAGGGUUUCUGUGGAGAGAUGCACAAAUGUGCCUUCUGAACCAAAGACUCCUGCUGGUGGAAGCAGGGAGGGGGGGGGGGGUGGGAACGAGGAGGACUGGAUCUGCCUGGUUCCCGUCUCCUUUCACACAGACGGCGGCCAGAAAGCCCCGCCGGCCCCCAGGCUUCAACGUUUACCACUUCAGACCCGAGCGCCACACCAAUGAAUAGCGAGCGCCGAGACGCCGCGUCGACCUGCAGAAGCCGGUUCACCGUGACUGGACCGGCGACCCCCGCUGAAGGGACAGAGGACAGAGGACAGAGGGACGGGACGGAGUGUGUGCAGAUGGGUUGUGUAUAAGCAGUGCCAAACGUACCUCGUACCGGGGAGAGGGCGUCCCCGCUCUCUUUUUGCUGCCUGAAUGUAUUCACUUUCCUCAGUGUAAAUAUCAAAGAUUUUUACUGUGCUUUUUAAGAAGCUGCAGCAGCCUCCACCCCCCCACCCCCACCGCCCCCGUCUCUGUCCAGCCAUUCAUAGCUGUUUUGUUUGUUUGUUUGUCCGAGGUUCAGAGAUAACUCCUGAGCCCCCACCGCCCAGCCGGGAGCAGGAGCAGACAUCCCAGAGCUCACGGCGAUUCGGCCAAAUACCUUUUCAGAUGUUCUCAGUGCUGCGAGUUUGAUUCCAAAAUUAGAUUUUUAGUUCGAGUGUACACUAAGAAAAAUACCGGCAGCAGGAAUCGGAUAAAUCUAAGUUAAUUCUUCUGAUCGGGCUGAAUUAUUUUUUAUAGUAGGUUUUUAUUUCCACCUCCACCCUGAGAGAAGAGACUGUGCCGCCUCCAGCCCUGCUCUCCCCCUCCUCAGUUUCACUCGUGUCACGGUACUUUGCCUCCAUCUCUUCAGACGCGGUGCAGCGACGCUCUGCUCUGCAUGUCCGACCCUCCUCCUCCCGCCUGUUUCCCGCUGCUGCAGAGUUUUUGUUUGUUUUCUUCAGUAAAUGGUCAAAUCUCGGAUUGUAGGAUAUAAAUAUAUAUUUUUGUUCUUAAGGUUAUUUUAAUUAUUUAUUUUGUUACAAAAGUCCCAACCUUUCGGUCGCAGGCGGGCCUUCUCUCUGUUCCAAUAGCAGCUCAGUGUGGGAGUGUGCCGUUCGCCGCCAUGUGCUUCCUCUGAGGCUGCGUCUUGUUUUGUGACUCGGCCUGUUUUAAAUUGGCUUACCGUUGUAGUAAACGUCUGCAGCUUUUUAUUUCCCAGCUUUACGUGACGUUUGUUGAUGAGACGUGCGUGCGCUCUGUGCAACUCAGAGUAGGACUUCAUUUAAUUCUGGUUUUGGUUUGGAGGGUCCGCGGGCGACGACCGCCAGUCUCAGACGGAUGUGACGUGCCGAUCGGGCAGAGGCUCUGCCACACACUACUCAGUGUUCUCAACUUACCAAGUGUUCACAAUCAUUUUUGCUCUUUUUUUCUUCUUCUUCUUCUUCGAAUCAAAAUGAGAAUGUCAAAAUGUCACCGCCUGUCAUAAUCAUAUGAAUGAUCAAUCAGCUUUAUUUAGUGACGGUGCAUCUCUGGUCUGCUUCACCAAAGCAGGAUGUUUCCUUGUUUUCUUUGAACAGUGGUUUCACCUGUUGCUUUGUUUUUGUUCUUGUUUACUUCCUGAGAAGUGCUUAUUCACUGUUUGUUCACAGACAUGUUCACACAUUCACCUCUGUUCUCAGUAAGCUGCUCUUAUUGAAACUUCCACACUACUUCUGUCACACAUUUAGAUUUUUUUUUUUUUUUUCUUUUUCUGUCAUUUCAUCUGUCAGAGCAGCCCCCACUGGGUUGGAAAGAAUCAAUCUCUUUUUUUUAAAUAUGAAAAAAUGAAACCCUGUUGGGUUUUUUUUUCUUCUUUUCUUUGCUGAGAGCACAGGUACAGGGACGGCCGACCGUUGCACUUUGCGGAGGCGCUGCCCGUGCCUCGCGCCCGGCGGUGAGGAGUGUGGCGUUCACACAGCAGCUGAUGCUUCGUGUCGGCUCGGCGCCAGCUCAGGACGGCUCGCGGCUCACACCUUUCAGUUGUCACCAGUCCGUUUCUGUCGUGUACUGUAUGCUUCCUGUACAGUGUGGACGGCGCUGAAACGUUGUACUGGUGGAUUUUUUUUUAUGUUGUAGAACACGAACUACAAAUUGGAACUAGAUUUGCAGAGAGUUCAGCCGUCGAGCAGAAGCCACAGGGUUAAACACUGCAAACGUUUCAGUUUGUAGUUUGUGUACUAAAGCAUGAGAAACUGCCGUCUUCAGCUUCAGUUUUCAGGAUGCCAUUUCACUUUUUUUAAUUUAAUUUUGAUUUUGUUUUUUUGUUUAUUUUUUUUUUAUUAUUAUUCAAAUGCUGGAUGACUUGAGAUUGAACCCAAAUCGCCUCUUUUACUAACCUGUUCAUGUUGGAGCAGAAUGUAUCCGCUUUUCUCAUUCAUCGUAAUCAUGAACCUUUAUCUUUAACAUUUCAAUAUCAGCAGGAAAUCAAAGUGAUCAGAAGUGUUAAUGUUUUUCUUUUUUGUAUCCAGUUAUAAAUGGCUUUCUGCAACUCAAUAAAUACAUUUGUAAUGGA